UCUUCAUGGAGUAACUGCUUGAACGAUAUAAAGAUUUAGAAAAACGCAAUACAGAAGAAUUAGAACAUGAUAAAUCAAUAACUCAUUUAUUGUAUAUAGAAGGAUUUAAAUGGGAUGAAUUAGAUAAAAUAAAGAAAAUUAAUAAAAUUUCACAAACUAAAGUAGAAAAGAGAAUAACUUUAGUUUAAGAUGUAAUAAUAAAAAAAUAGAUUAGUUUGGAUUAUUGAGAAGAGAUGUAGAGCCCCAUUCAACAGAAAAUGAUUAUUACAAAAUUUUGCUUAAAGAUAUUGAUAUGCAUAUAAAUUCGAUUAUGUUUGAGAUAGAUAAAUUAGAAUAGUUAAAGCAAAAAUCACAACGAUUUUUAAGAUUAUAAAGUUAACCUAAUAUAAAACCUGAAACAGCUCCAACUGAUUUAAUGACUCAAACUGGAGGUUUAUUGUCUAGUACAAGUGAUGGUUAAACUAGAAUGUAUAAAAGCAGUUUUCAAUUUUAUCGAGCUUAAAGGGAUUAAUAGAUUCAAUCACAUAAUCAGAAAUGGAUAGAGAAGUAAUAUAGCAUAUAAAGAAAAUUAAUUGAAGAUGAAAAAGAAUUUUAGAAGUUUCGUUUUGAGAUUGAAGCAAAGUAAAUGAAAGCUGAAAUGAAUUUGGAGGAAUAUUAAUAAUGGUAAGCUAGAUAAUUAAAAGAAUAAGAGGAAUUAAAUUCAAAGAGAUUACAAUUACAUAAAGAUAGAAUGCAAAAAGAUUAAUAAUAAAGAUAGGCUAUAUUGGAGGAGAAGAUGUAGAGAAAAGAUAAACAAUUAAAAAAGUAGAUGUCAUUAUUACAAGAUUUUCAUGAAGAACAAAAAUAAAUAAAAGAGGAACAUUUUUUAAGAAUUCUUUAAAAAUCAAUGGGUGCUUUAAAUGAUAAAGAUAAAUUUAAUUAAUAUUAAAAGGAGUAAUCAGAAAAAAAAGAGUAAUAAAAUUUAAAGAAAUUAAAAUACAUAGAGGAAUCUAAAUAAUGGACAAAGUAAUAAUUAUAAACAUAAUCAGCAUUAAAAUAAUAGAAAAUAGAAAAAGCAUAUGUAUAAGAUUAUUAGUUUAUUAAUAUAGUAAAUUUUAGCAGCAUAGGAUUAUGAAAGGAGAGAGAAAUUUGAAGAGAAAGAAAAGAAAAAGUUAAGUUAUAUGGAUAAAUAUAAGAAGACAUUUUCAGAAUAUUAGAUUAAGGUCAAUAAAGAGAAAGAAGAUAAAAUGCAUAAUUUUUAGAUUGUAAUUUGUUGAGUAAUGUUUUAAUUAGAAUAAAGCUAUAGAGGAUGCAAGUAAAGAGUAAUUGAUUAAAUAUCAAUUUGAAAGAAGAUCAAAUAGUUAAGCUUAAGGUUAGAGAUUAAAGGAGAGAAGAUUAAAAAUAUUUUAAGAAGAGAAGGCAGGAGAACAUUUAAUAAAAUAGUUAGAGAUUAAUUAAAGAUUAAAUUAAUUAGAAUGGGAAUAGGAAUAAAAAAGAAGAAAGUAAUAGAUUUUAGAAGAGGAAUAAAGAUAGCGAUAAUUAAUGAUAGAGUAUAAUGAUAGUUUUAGAUUGUAGAAAUGAUGCAAGAGAGACUAUGAGAUAAAGAGAAAAGAAUACUAGAAAAUUAGAAAUAGAAAAAGAGUUAAGAGAAAAGUAGAUGAAGACAUUGAAGUAUUAGAAGGUUUGA